UAGAGGAUGUGGUCUGCUGUGAGAUGAGGAAGAAAGUGAGGAGGAAGGAGUACACAACGAAAACGAGCUCGUAGCAAACUGCUCGCUGUCCUUUGAGGGCAGAGGAGACCUCUACAACUGGAUUAUUUCUCAUUUUGAGAGCAGAGCCAUUCAUUUCUGUGAGGAUGCAUUGAAAGAAGGAAGACGAUGGAAGUGGAGGAGACUGGUGAAAUGAGGACUUCCUGGUCUGUGUCAGGAGAUACACUCUCUGUCCUCUAUGACCAUGCUGGGAAGAAGAGAAAACAAGAUCCGAUAACUGAACCUGUCAUCAGAAUUAUGGAGGAUGAUGAGGAAGAUGAGGAGGGGGAAAUAAUGUCUGAUCACAAGGAUUCAGAGGAGCCCAGUAACAAAAGGGUCAAACCUGUGGCAAAGUCCAACAGCCUGACAGGUGUCAUCACACCAGUGAAAACUCCUGCUCUUAAACGCAUAGGGCAAUCUAUUUCGCGAUCCAUCAGCUUUCGCACAGAUGCUCGACCUUUGCCCCCUGCCCCCCUGCGUAGUCGCACUAAGGCCUCAUCCUUUCCACGUAGACGCAACAGCCAGUGUUGGAGCGACACCGUGGAGAGCCAUGACCUUACUGCAAAGGAAAUCAAACGCCAAGAGGUGAUCUAUGAGCUGACUCAGGGAGAGAGGCAACUUAUAGAGGACCUCAGUUUGGUCAAGAAGGUUUACUAUGAGCCCAUGUUGAAAUUGGACAUAAUGACAGAAAGUGAGCUUGGACAAAUCUUUGGGACUUUAGAUUCCCUCAUUCCGCUGCAUGAAGAUCUUCUGGCUCGUCUAGAGCGACUGCGGGGCUCAGAGAAGACGGUCGGAGAAGUGGGGCCGACUCUGUUAAACUGGUUCCCUUGCCUGGAGGCCUAUGUCACCUACUGCUGCAAUCAGGUGGGAGCCAAAGCUUUGCUGGACCACAAGAAGCAGCAGAAAAGAGUCGAACACUUCCUGCGCCUGUGUCAGGAGUCUUCCUUUAGUAGGAAAUUGGAUUUGUGGAACUUUCUGGACCUACCUCGAAGCCGGCUGGUUAAAUACCCACUGCUGUUGAAGGAGAUACAGAAGUGCACGCCUCCAGAUCACCCAGACGAGGACUCAUUACCUGAUGCUCUGGAACUGAUCCAGAGCAUCGUGGCCGAGGUGAACAAGAAGACGGGGGAAGCAGAGUGCCAGUUCUACAGGCGAGGAUUAAUCUAUGUUGAAGAGAGUCAGAGAAUACCGGAGAUCCACCAGUCCCGCUUCCUCUACUGCCAUGGAGAGCUUAAGACCAACAAAGGACAGAAGCUGCAUGUGUUUCUGUUUGAGCUGGCUUUGGUGCUGACCAGACCAGGGGAGGACAGAGACGGCGGGCAAAUGUUUAACGUGUACCGGCAGCCUCUGCCCAACACCUUGAUAAACUUAGAGGAGAUUCCGGACAGUGAAGCUGGAGGGGGAGGAACCUUCAGGGGAGCGUUUACAGGAGGAAAUGAUAAAGUGAAGAACUGCUUCCGUGUGAGCAGCAGAGGGCGCUCCAAAGUCAACCCUUACUGCCUGCAGGCCAACGACUCCUUCAGCAAGCAGCAGUGGAUCACCUGCCUGCGCCAGGCCAUCGUACAGUCACGGGACAGGAGUGCUCACACCAGCCAGUCGCCGCUCUCCCUCCACCCUGAUCCCGGCCUGUGUCACAUAGCCGAUCUCAGCCUCAGCUCGGACACAGACAUGACAGACCACACCAGUCGCUGACUGGAGAACUGAUCACUCCGUUGCUCUUUUGGGGGUCAAGAUGGGUCUCUGGAGAAGGAAAGACACCAAAUGGACCUUUUUAUGAACAGUUCUGAUGAAAGACUGCUGGGAAUUGCAAAACAUUUUUUUGUUUUUUUUUUAAAUAAAAGUGCUGACUGUGAACAGUGUUACUGUUAUUGAAU